UCUGUGUAACCGGGGGCGGGGCCUGCGCUGGGCCCGCGAGAAACCUUUUCCCUUUCCGCCCCGAGCAGCUCUGGGGAGCGGAAGCGGCGACGCAGUUUUGCGGACCCGCUGUUCCGGUUGUAUCUGUGGCCUGAUUGGCAGAGUCUGUGAACUCGACUGCUGCUGUGACCCUGACUGCUCCUCUACAGACAUCAGUGUCUUUACUUCCUGUCUGCAGGGCAGUGAACUAGCGUUUGGGAACGCUGGUCUUCACCAUGGCUGAAAGAUCAAACAGGGGAGAAGAUCCAACGUCUUCCAGAAGAAUGAGAAUGAAUCCAGCUCCAAACUCCACAGUCACAGAGCUCUUAACGAAGUAUGAUGAUUAUCAACUGUUCCAGUUGACAAAAUUCUACCGGCACAGGCUACAACAGGCGAUUGAAGAAGCGGUGGAUGGAGUCAGCUCAUUGUUAACAAACAAAUGGAUUUUCAGUGGACAAGAGCAUCGGAAAGUCACUGAACUCAUGGAGAAGGGAAACCGGGUGGACACUUCCAAACUUCUUCUCAGCCUGGUGAUGGAGAAGGGGUCUCAGGCACGAAGAGUGAUGUGGGAAUCCUUGGAGAAAAUGCGCCAUGAGUUACCAAAGUUGGAUAAAAUACUGAAAGAAAUACAGGAACGUGGGGCUGAUCCAUGUGUUUAUAUAAAUGUGAACCGAGAGGCAUCCGAACUACCGAGUCACCUGGAAGAUGUUCAACAGAAACACAAGGAAACACUCUGGGUACAAGCUGAAACACUGAGAGUGAACACUAUCCUAAUAAAGGAGAAGGUUAAGAUUUUCCAGCUGAUUGAUCGAUACGCUGAGCUAACGAUCAUUUCUAACGUUCGAGAUCGGAUACUUGUAGAACAUGAACUGCUGGCAAGAGGCCGGGACCAUGAAAAGUGGAGAGAGAAACAUCUCCAGAGAGAACUGGAAAAAAUCCGAAUUGAUCAAUUGUUCCAGAGCAGUUUUUCCCUGAGAAAAUCCAAAUCUGGGAGUUCCGCAGCAGUGAGUGGAGUCCCAGGGAUCGGAAAAACAACAAUGGUACAAAAGAUUGUUUAUGAUUGGGCCACUGGGAAAAUAUAUCCAGACUUUCAAUUUGUUUUCAGUUUUAAAUUCCGGGAUUUGAACACCAUUAACUGCAGAAUAAACCUGAGGAAUCUGAUACUGUUUUUCUAUCCUUACUUUGGGAAUACCCUGGGAGAGCUCUGGAAGAACCCAGAGGGAUUGCUGUUUAUAUUCGAUGGUUUGGAUGAAUUCAAGGACAGGAUCGAUUUUGCUGACAAUUGGAGAAAUACAGAACCUCAGUCCAUGUGCACUGAUCCUGAAUGCUGGUGUGAAGUGUCUGACAUUGUGUACAGUUUAAUACAGCACAAGCUGCUCCCAGGAUGUUCAGUGCUAGUGACCAGCCGGCCCACUGCAUUACAUCUAUUGGAAAAGGCUGAGAUCAGUGUCUGGGCUGAAAUCCUGGGAAUUGUUGGUGAUGAACGGAAGGAAUAUUUCAACAAGUUUUUUGAAGAUCAGGCAGUGGCAGCAGCUGUUUUCAAACACGUGGAGGAGAACGAGAUCCUGUACACCAUGUGCUACAACCCUUCCUACUGCUGGAUCCUCGGUCUGUCACUGGGUCCCUUCUUUACACAAAGAAACAGGAAACAGCAGCAAGUUCCCAAGACCAUCACCCAACUAUAUUCCUACUAUAUUUACAACAUUCUGAAAAACCAUGGCCGAGAGAUUGAAAGCCCCCGUGAUGUGUUCCUGAAGCUUGGUGAGAUGGCCUUCACAGGAGUCUCUGAGAAGAAGAUUGUGUUUAGAAAUGGAGAUUUGAUCAAGUACAAUCUGCAACCUUCCCAGUUCCUGUCUGGGUUCCUGAUGGAACUUUUGGAGAGAGAUGAUUCUAUCCAGAGCGUGGUUUACACGUUCCCACACCUCACCAUCCAAGAGUUUCUUGCUGCACUCGCACAAUUCCUGACUCCACGUCCCAAUGACAUCCAGAAACUCCUCAGUGAAGCGGACAGUGAAGAAGAUGGGAGAUAUGAGAUAUUUCUCCGUUUUGUUGUUGGUCUCUCCUCCCCACAGUCAGCUCGGCCCCUAGAGGAGUUUCUGAGUCCAUUUCUUCAUCAAACAACCUGUCAAGUGAUUGACUGGGUGAAGGAGAAGGUUAAAGGACAGAUUGGAAACACAGCGACUGAAACUGGUAAAAGGAACCUCCUGAACACAUUCCACUGCCUGUAUGAGUCUCAGAAUAAAGCACUGGCUCAGGCCACAGUGGGAUCUUUGGAAACACUUGCAUUUAGUGGAUUGCGACUGACCCCGAUUGACUGUGCCGUCCUGUCUCUUGUCCUUGGACGCUGUGAUACAAUAAAACACCUCGAUCUAAACCAAUGUUACAUUCAGUGUGAAGGACUCCAGCGGCUGGAAAACGUUCUGUACAAAUGUCAGAGGUUGAGCUUGAGUUUUAAUGAACUGGGAGAUUCAGGAGUGAAACUACUGUCUGCAGCCCUGAGGAAUCCAGGCUGUAAAAUACAGGAACUGAAUCUGACGAAUAACAAUCUCACAGAUUCUUGUGCCAAGGAUCUUUCCUCUGUGAUCAGUACAAACCAGUCACUGACAGAUCUGGACCUGGGUGGUAAUCGACUAGGAGACGCAGGAGUGAAACUACUGUCCGUGGCUCUGAGAAACUUGGGCUGUAAAAUACAGAGACUGAGUCUGACGAAUAACAAUCUCACAGAUUCUUGUGCCAAGGAUCUUUCCUCUGUGAUCAGUACAAACCAGUCACUGACAGAUCUGGACCUGGGUGGUAAUCGACUAGGAGACGCAGGAGUGAAACUACUGUCCGUGGCUCUGAGAAACUUGGGCUGUAAAAUACAGAGACUGAGUCUGACGAAUAACAAUCUCACAGAUUCUUGUGCCAAGGAUCUUUCCUCUGUGAUCAGUACAAACCAGUCACUGACAGAUCUGGACCUGGGUGAAAAUCAACUGGGAGACGCAGGCGUGAAACUACUGUCCGUGGCUCUGAGGAACUUGGGCUGUACAAUACAGAGACUGAGUCUGACGAAUAACAAUCUCACAGAUUCUUGUGCCAAGGAUCUUUCCUCUGUGAUCAGUACAAACCAGUCACUGACAGAUCUGGACCUGGGUGGUAAUCGACUAGGAGACGCAGGAGUGAAACUACUGUCCGUGGCUCUGAGAAACUUGGGCUGUAAAAUACAGAGACUGAGUCUAGGGGAUAACACUCUGACAGAUUCUUGUGCUGAAGAUCUUGCCUCUGUGUUUAAUCACUCACUGACAGAUCUGAACCUGUAUGGUAACAAACUGGGAGAUUCAGGAGUGAAACGACUGUCUGUAGCUCUGAGGGGAUCAGACUGUAAAAUACAGAAACUGCAUCUAAGGGAUAAUGAUCUCAGUGAUUCUUGUACCGAGGAUCUCGCCUCCGCUCUCAGUACAAACCGGUCACUGACGGAUCUGGACCUGAGAUUUAACCGCUUCACAGACCGAUCUGUCCCCGCUCUCUGCCGCCUCAUCCUGACCUGCCGGACUCUGAAUGUGAUCGAGCUGCGGGGCAAUCGGUUCAGUUCACAUGGAGAAAAUCAGCUGGAGUCGCUGCAGGGAACCAGACCUGGACUGAGAGUGAUAAUGUGAACCUUGGGAUUGAUAAACAUUCCUGUUCGAGCUGAGUGAGCGUCAUCUCCCAUUGUGACGUCAGAGGCCCAGCCACCGGGUCACGUGACUCAGCCCGGCCCCGCCCCCCCACAGGCGCUGCUUCUGCAGGAUAUCCGGGGCUGAAUGUUCCCCAAUGGGGCACUGGGGAAAUGUACAGACAGGGAGGGGCCCAGGGUGGGGAUCAGUCUGGGCUGCAGUGGGACAUUGACAAUUACACUCAGGAUUCCUGGGAUUGGGGGUAAAGCCCCCUAGGGCUCCCGCUCAGUAUCACUGCCCAGUGACCCUGCUGGGAAGUGACCCUGUGUGGGUUCAGGGUGGGUACAGGGUGACCCUGUGUGGGUUCAGGGUGGGUACAGGGUGA